AUGUAAUAAUGGGAUUUAGUAAAUGAAUCAAAUGAUUAGUUAAGAAUGUUUAGCUAUUGUUUUAUAGUGUGGAGUGCUUUAUUUAUACUUUGCUAUGAUAGAAUCAAAUUGAAUAACCUUAGUUCUAAGAAGCAAAUAGAUGUUUACAAUCGUUUAGUAUCAAUUUUACAUGGAUAAUUUACUUUUUGGGGAUCACUCAUUAUAAUAUUAUCUCAGACACCAUAUGAAUUAUAGGAAAUGAAUUCUUCUGAAAUGCAAUUUGUUAUGAUAGUCAGUGCAGGUUAUUUUGCAUACGACGUCAUAAUUUGUACUUAUUUCGAUUUAUAUGAUUAUUGGUUGAUAUUUCAUCACAUCAUUAGUUUGAUGGCCUUUGGAGAAAGCAUUCUCAAUAAAAAAUAUGGACAUAUCAUUAUAUGUAAAUAGCUAUACUCAUAUACUAUAUAGUCGGUAUGUUCAUUAGUGAAAUAUCUAAUUUGCCUAUGCAUCUUAGACAUAUUUUAGGUUGUUUUGGAUUAAGAUAAACAAAAAUCUAUGAAUCAAUAGAACUUCUUUAUUUCUCAUUAUUCUUAAUAUUUAGAGGUAUCUUGAGCCCAGUCUUACUAAUAAGAACAUAUGAAGAUCUACAUGCUCCAUUAUUAAUUAAGAUAUCUGCAUCUGGAUUGUUAUUAUAUUCAGUCUAUUACAUCAUAGAGUAAAUUAAUAUAUUUCUAUUUUUAGAAUGAUCAAAAUUACUUAAAGAAAGAUUAAAUCAUAUAGAGAUAGAAAGAGAAGAAACUUAACAAUGUAUUGGUUUGUUCAGAAUCCAGUAUUACCUUCACAAAAAUACGUAGACUCUAUAUUAUGA